UGGAGACCAGCCUGCUCUGGCUGUGCUGGCUGCUGCUUAGUCUGGGAGCAUCGUCAGCCGACGAUGUAUGCUACAACGACGUAGGAUGCUUCACCACCGACUACCCCUGGAGCGACCUGAUGAGACCCUUCCCAAACUUGCCCGAGUCCCCCGAGAGGAUUCGCACCAGGUUUCUUCUGUACACGAGAAACAAUACGGAGCAAGUAAUUACAUAUAACGGCCCAGAUUUGGGUGACUUCUCUCCCGAACGGAAGACAGUAUUUCUUGUGCACGGAUUCAACGACAACGGAAGAACCGGCUGGAUGGUUAACUCCAAAUAUCUUCUGCUGCAGCAGGACGACUACAACGUCAUCCUGGUGGACUGGGGCCACGGCUCGACCAUCCCGUACCUGCAGGCCACCGCCAACACACAGCUGGUGGGACGGCAAGUGGCGCUGCUGGUGGCGGCGCUGGCCUCGCGUGGCGCCAGCCUCGCCCAGGUCCACCUGGUCGGCCACUCCCUGGGCGCGCACGUCUGCGGCUAUGCUGGCAGCCACACGCCGGGUCUGGGCCGCAUCACAGGUUUGGACCCAGCGCAGCCCUACUUUGAGAACACGCAGCCGGUCGUCCACCUGGACCGGGACGACGCCGCGUACGUGGACGUGAUCCACACGGAUGGCCGCGACAUUCUGUUCCUCGGGGUCGGCUUCAAGCAUGCGAACGGUGACGUGGACUUCUUCCCCAACGAUGGCAAGAACCAGCCCGGCUGUGGCGAUUUUGACGCCGAGAUUGAAGGCCUAAUUUGGGAUCUGGAGACCCUAGACUGGCUUGCAAUGGGCGGUCAGCUGAGUUGCUCCCACGGCCGUGCGACCGAGCUGUUCGUGGAGGCGCUGCGUGGCCGACAGUGCCCCCUAGUGGGAUUCAGGUGUCAAAACUACGACGACUACUUGUCCGUCGACUGUCAGAACAUGGCGACCGACAACAUGGGCGUCCUUGGCAUGGACAGCAUCAACUUCAACCUGAGCGGAUCCUACUAUCUGCAGACAUCUCCAGAUCCCAACGCCCUGUGCUUGAAUUAUUUCGAGGUCUUCAUAGAGCUGAACGAGGACCAGGAAGAGACCCUGGGCAACAUGGUGUUCGUGCUCAAUGGCAAAAACAACAGCUCAGACCGUAUAACGGGCUGGAGAGACCACACGGCGAUCCCGGCUGGGGGCGAGCUGCACACGACGCUGCACACGCGUGCCGAGCUGGGCGCACUGCGCUCCGUCCAACUCACCUACCACGACCACCACGGCACGGCGCAGCGGAUGCUGAGCGCGGCGGCGCUGCGGGCGCGCACCGUCGACGCCCGGCUUCAGACCAGCACCGUCCGGCUCUGCUGGGACGGUGGCCCGCUCGCCGACAAACACACUGCCACCUUCACGCCAUGCCCGUGACGUCACCGGCGCUGAUGUUGACCUCACUGGUGCCGCCGGUGACGUUGUAGCUCGUGUUUGCGGUGUCACUGCGGCUUGCUAGGUGGUGUUACCACGCCUUGCCAGUCACGUCGCCACGCGCUGCCCCUGACGUGGUUGGCUUCAGUAGCGAAGCAUGCAGGAUGUCGUGACGUCAUGCUGCACGAAGCUGGUGACGUACUCUGCCCAGGAGAGGUGGAAAUGGAGGAACGAUCCAAUUCAAGCGCCACCUUCUGCGAUCCAGUUUGAAUAAAGGACGUGGAUGACAUGGAAAUAAACGCCGUAGUGAUAGCUCAUUGUUCAAUCCAGAAUUAUUGCACUUCUCACUCGAUUUUUUCUUAUAUAA